GUUCAUUUGUUUGGUUUUUUGUACGUGUGCUCGGGGGUGGGGUUUUUUUUUUGCCUUUUUUCCUUGUUUGUUUGAUUUCCUUCAGGAAAGGGAAGCGGUAGUUCUCUGCAGCGGUGCUGUUGCUAUGUGACACCCCCGCUGUCGCGAUGGCCGGGAGCGGCCAUUUUGGACGCGCGCGGGACGGCGGCGGGGCGGCGGCCAAUCGGGGGCCAGCCUCGCGCGCCACGCGGCGGCCGCGCCAGCGCCGCAGGGCCCAGGCGCGGGGAGCGGGAGCGGCGGUAACAGCGAGAGAAAUUUAUCACAUAAAGAUGAUUGAGUCAGUCAAAUUAAGAAGACAGUGCAUGCUGGAUUUCUACUCACAUUAUGAACAUCUUUGUGAACUGCAAGGCUCUCUCCCACUGAAAGCUGUGAAGGCUAACAGGAGGCGUGAUACUAUUGAUCUAAUUGUAGAUCACAUCAGAGCUACUGACUGGGCACCGCUUCUGAAUGCUCUCAGGCAUAAUAAGACCCUGACUUCUAUUGGAAUAAGAAGUUUACAUCAACUUGGUCUUGAAGAUUCAGGUGUUGAAAGAUACAAAACUUCCUUUAGAAGGAGAACUCCAGCAAUCCUGUCAAAAGACUUGACUGGCCAACUAUGCAAAGCUGUGAAAGGCUGUCUCAGUAUAUCAGAUGUACUAAAAAAUUUAGAACUGCAGGGUUUGCUUCUGAAGGAAGGAGACCUAGCACUUUUAACAAAGGGCUUGGCCACAGCUUCAUCUCUGGAGAGUAUCUCUUUAGCCCACUGUCCAAUUGGAGAUGGAGGUUUGGAAACAAUCUGUCAGAGUAUAAAGAAUACAGCUACUAUCAGAUUUGUAAACUUCACGGCAUGUAGCCUUACAUGGCGAGGGGCAGAACAUAUAGCAAAUGUAGUAAAGUACCAGGCAAUGAGAAGACAUGGUGAAGCUUGGGCUAAAAGCCUACGUUACAGGAGACCUGACCUUGAAUAUAUGACAGGUUUGAGGAGGAUUACUUUGAAUUGCAACAUGCUUGUUGGAGAUAGAGGAGCAAGUGCCUUUGCAGACUGUCUAGGAGAGGACCUUUGGCUUAAAGCACUUGAUUUGCAGCAGUGUGGAAUAUCCAAUGAGGGAGCAAGGUCGUUAUUAGAUGCUCUUCAAACAAAUACAACAUUAGUGGUACUUGACAUAAGAAAAAAUCCAUUAAUUGAUCAUGUUCUGAUGAAAAAUAUUAUUGAAAGAGUUCUUAAGAAUGGUAACAGUGAUGAUUCAGAGUUUAAGUGGCUGAUGUCUCCAUCUUCCAAAGAUGCUUUGAAAACUAAGCCAAAGAAAAGAACCAUUGUCCUAGGAAGUGGUCGGAAAGGAAAAGCUACUAUUCGUAUUGGAAUGUCAUCUAAAAAAUCUGUAAGUCCUGGGAAAAAAAAUACUGCUGUGAGAGAAAGUUACUCACCAAAACCGCUACCACCAGGCACAAAAGGCUUCCUUCCCUGGCGGACUGCAGAACGUGCAAAGAGAUGCAGAGGUGGGGCAGUGGAUUGUGCUGGAGAAUUGCCAGUGAAGAUUCAGACAGGUGUUCCUGUGAAAGUAACACUAGAAAGUGCUUCUACAUCUGAAACUGAAGACACAGAAGAUUUAGAGGGUGUUGUCCAGCAGCCUGAUUUGGCAAAAUCAUCAGAUAAGACUGAUGUAUCUCAAUAUCAGCAGUUAGAGUUGGAGCUGGAAGAAUGCAUGGAAAAACUAAAGGAAGAACAGAAAGCUAGAAUAAAGGCUGAAGAACGAUUACUAGAGCUGGAAAUUGAAAAUGCAAGAUUAAGGAGUCUAAAUAUCUCCCUAUCUGAGGUUCUUCAUGCACAGUCAGUAACCAACAUGAUUUUGGAAGAUGAAGGUGUUCUAGGCAGCAUUGAGAACUCUUUUCAAAAGUUUCAUGCUUUUUUAGACCUUCUUAAAGAUGCUGGGCUUGGACAACUUGCUGUAUUAGCUGGGAUAGACCAGUCAGAUUUUGGCAUUUUGGGGCAGUCACAAAUAAAUUCUACUCUCACUAAGCCUGUGAAUGUGUUAAAGGAGAAGUCUUUUGAAGAAGAAAGACAGGAAUACACCCAGAAUAGCAAAAACAGAGCUGGGGACAUCCAACUUCCUCAUCCUGGCAUGUUUCAAUCCCAGAUGGUUGCGAAUAAUGGAUUUUCAUCACUUAGAGAAAUAAGAGAACUUCAGGCUCCUGGACAGCAGUAUCAGCCAGGUUCGUGGAAGGAAAAUGAAGCUCAAACAAUUAACCAAAAUAAAGAGGAUAAGCCUCGAAGUAGUACUCCAGUAUUAUCUGAGAGGAGAGUCAAACAAAAUGAACAAGCAAAAGGACAUCACUCAGCAUGGCAGUUGGCUACUAGUCUGCAUUCAUUUGCUGAUUCCAGUGUACAAAUCAAAAAUGAUGAUAGCAGAAUAUCCAGUGGAAUUUCUGGUGAAAAAAGCAAAAAUAAUUCCUCUAAGAAAUACAUCCCGGUAGCAAAUGGAGCAGCAACUCCAAGUAAUGGUGUGAGAGGAGACAGAAGUAGGCUGCAGAUAGUAAAUGUUAGCUCUGGAACUGAUACUCUAGGAUCUGGCUCUGAAAUACAGGAAAGUAUACAAAGUGCUACCAGCAUUUGAAAUAGUUCUAAGAUGUUUGAACUGUUCUUUACACUUGCAAGAUAGGUUUUGGAUGUCUCAGUAUAAUUAGAGAAGUUUUGGUAAAGUUCUAUAGACUUUAUGACUUUCUAAAUCAUUUCAUACUGCUCAGUAUUCCUCUUUGGUGUUUGCAUUCCUUGUCACUGGAUUUUUAGUUCUGAAAACAUGUGAUACACCUAAAAUGGUGCAUCACACAGGGCUCUUGACAAAUGGAUUUCAUCAUCACGGAUUUUUCAGCUAAUGAAAGUUAAUUUGAAUACCGGUUUUUUUCUAGUCUUUAUUUUCAUUGUAUUUCAGUGGGAGUGCAGAAGUGGUUUUGGGGCAAUUCCUGCUAAACUGUGUGGGUAUGACAUUCCAAAAAUCGGUGCAAGUUUCAGAGUAAAAAUGAGUCCAGAAACAUCACAUCAUAUAAGAAACCUUUAAAUACAAACAUCAUUAGUGCUAUGACUGCAGAUCAUAGAAUAGCACAUGUUGGAAGGGGCCUCUGGAGGAUGUAUCAUCUAACUCAGAUUGCUCUCAGGACCUAGAGAAUGUAAAACUAAGAGAAUUGCCAUUGUUUUAAAACCCCUGGGAUUUACCUGUGGCAUCGUGUUCAUGUCCUUGUGCUCAGGCUGGUUUGCAGCUUCUUGACUAGAAUAUACUUAUUACAUACAGGAACUAGGCAGGAUGAUUAGGCUUAACUGAGGAAAAAAACAGCCUGUAACUAUUUUUUACUCAGUCAUCUACUAUGUGAUUUCUGGAUCUGAUCUAUGUGAUUUCUCAUAGGAUCUGUAGAAAUUCCUGAUUCCAGUUGCUUGACAAAUAUGAAAAAACUCAUGAAUCCUCAAAGUCAAUCCUACAGAGCAAAUAGUGCAAGAUUACCGUAGCUAUUGCAAUAUUGCACAAGUAAUUGCACAAUGAAUGUAUGUUCUUUGUACAGACUUUGUCACUUCAGAAUAUUAGAAGGUAAUACAUUAAUCUCUGAUAUUUUUUGCAUAUUUUCCCAACUGCUUGUCUAAUUCUUCAGUCUUUCUUUGUUGUGAUUUUGGUUUGAGUGAACCAUCACAUGCAAUCUGUAUAUUCAGCAGUAAAAAGCUACCUAUUCCCUUUUUAAAUCUAAAAUUCUAAAUCUAAUCACCAGAGGAAUGCUGGAUAAAAUUCUAAACUCAAAAGUGUUUUAUCUGUGAGGUUAGGAGUUAGGAGUCUGUUACUUGUCCCUAAAAAUACCAUGAAGAACUUAGAAGAAUUUCAAAAGCAGGUGAUAUUAAAUACCUUUCAUGUUAAAUACUUGCUUUUCAGUAUUUGCAUUCAGAGUAUGAAUUACGUCAAAAAUAAUCUUUUAAAGCAAAAUUGACCAGGCAGUUCACAAUUUAGAUAGCCAUACUUUUUUUCAGUGGAUUAAUACUUAGCCAUUUUUUUCCUCUUAAAUCAGAAACCUGAAGAAUUCUUCAUGUUACUGGUGCUAUGGUAUUGCACUCUUACUGUAAGAAUCUGUAGUGCAUACUUUGUAUAUAGUUGGAUCUGAAAUUGGCAGACAAUGGAUUGAAGCUACUAGGGGAGAAGUAUUCUUUUAAGGCUAUCAUGAAUACAUCAGAAAUUUCAAGGUUUUUAAUAACAAUUUAAAAACUCAUUUACAAGAAGUUGUCUACACUUACAGACAUAUUUUUAUAUAUAUUUAACAGUAAAGUAUUCAAAUAAAAAGUAAAAAUACAUAUUUUUUGAUUAUAAGGAAACCAUUUUCUACCCUGAGUCUGAAUAUAAACGGUUUCAUUCUCUCGCUAUUAGUUAAUGUUUUACAUAAUUUUCUGUGUUCUUGUUUGACAUAAAAACUUGAAAUCAAUAGGCCAACUCUUUGAUAGAGAACAUGUUACUGUUUACUCAUAAAGCUCAAUUUUUUCUUUUCACUUAGUCUCCCCAAGACCUACUCUUCACAGUUCAGAACUUUGAUCUCUGAAGAACAAAAUAGCCCCAAACCCUUGUUUGAACCACCUAAGUGUAAGGUUUCACCAAAAUUUGCUCAUCUCACUAGUUUGCUGGACCAGACAUCCCAGCUGCCUCCUGAAAUGCUUGCCAGGUUGCUAUGUAGUCAGCAUUAUUUGUCUUUUAAUAAUGACGUCCGUUUGUCAGCUGUGGUACCAGACAGAAGACUCGUGUACACGUGCUCUCCUUGAGUGAGCUGAUUCGUUUCCAGCAGUAGUUGAUCAAGGUUUUGCUGUCCAGCAUAACAUGAAGUCACAAAGAACCUAAUAAAAGUUCACUGGAAACUCUGAAA